GAUUUGGAGCUGACUUUUCUUGUGCUUUUGCAUCAGUAGUGGUGUACGUCUUGGAGUUCUAGCAUGGAAACCUUCUGUGUUUAGUACGUGCCUUACUGUGCUCACUGAAACCUCAGUGCCUGUUGCCACCAAGUCUUGCUGCAGGUCUUUUGCGGUCACUCGAGGGUUUUCACAACCUGUCUUCUCAGAAAUCUGCUUGCAGCUGUAGAUAGCUUCCUGUUUCUGCCCCCUCCAGGUAUUUCAUUAAUUUUCUGUCCCUAGCCAGUUCAGGGAUUUCGUGUGUUCCAGUUCAAACGCACCCGGUGCAACUAAUGAAGCCCUUGAUUAUUUGCGUCAGGUGUGCUUGAGACUACACCUGUUUUGCAUAUUUGUGCUGUUGCGACAUGGGGUUGAAUAAUUUUGAUCGCAACUGUUCAUGUGUUUAUAGCAGCUAGCAGUUGUCACUUAAAAAUUUUAAGACGCCAGUAUAAUGAGAAUAAUAUAAGAUCUAAAAUGAAAAAAACAUAACAAGGAAGAGCUGUGCAAAAAUACAUGACUGUGUGUACAGUAGUGAAUUCAUGUCACCUUUAUUUAUAUAACAUAUUCGAAGACAAGAAGUAUUGGCCAGAGAGCUGCAGAAUAAAAUGAAGCAGUGAAUUAAAAUACCAAUUAAGAAAAAAGUUUUUAAAUAUGUCUUCCCUGGGAGAAGCCUUCUUUUUAUAUUUUCUUAAUUUCGUCAUAAGUUUGUAGCUACUAGGAAAUCCAUACAGUCAGUAUUUUUAAGAACCAGAUAAUCAUGUAGCAGGUGACUGACAUGACAUCAUCUUCCCCACUAGAUUAAAUAAAAGCUGCGUCCAAAAUCGCGUACUGUGACAGUACUUAUUGCAUUCGAUUCAGUACCUACUGCUCAGCCGUCGAUACAGUACGUACUGAUGAGUAUAUGUGUGUAGUAAGAAUACAAUCCAGACAUACUACCUCCGCGAUGUUGGCGUUAUCAUGUGACCUACGAUGUCAUCAUAACCGCAAAAACUUAAAGAGCCCAGCAGAUUAGAGCAGCUGUUUUUUUCUUGUUUAAGCCUUCAACAAGUUAACAGUUUACUCAGGUGUUGUUAAAGAAGUUCAAAAGAGCUGACACGCUGCCUUCCACCAUUUUUCAUUCUGACGGCUCUUUCACGCCAGUCCCGUUGCCUUAUGAGAUUAUGAGAUCCAUUGGUUCCCUACUGCAGAAUCUCAGCGGACGCAAUGACAAGGUUAACUGUGUUGUGAUUAGCAUUUCCCAGACACAUGGAAGGAUAGUAACCAUUGGCUAUCCCCUCCCAUGCCGUGGAAACAUCAGGAUGAAGAAGACGUUUAGCCUUAAGACGUUCCGAAAGUCGUUCAACAUCAAGGGCAAAGAGGAUGGAGAUUUUGUGAUGCUCCAAAAGCCGUCGUUGGCCCCCGAGUUCACAAAAGAGGACUCUCUUUUUGGAAGUUGUUAUGCCAAAGAGCUAGCUUGUGACCUCCAUGGUGAGGACACGAGGGCCCACAAGAACAGAUCCAAGAGUGAAGGUCUUAUGGGGACCUUAAAAAGGAGACUUUCUUCCAAGCAGAAACCUAAAAGUAAAGGAGGGUCAGCCUCAGUGGGCUUGGGAGACGAUGACGAUACGUUCUCAUCCUCUUCGGUCCCCAUAAGCUUUAGUGAAGCCAAAGCCCAGCGCCCUUUAAGAUCAGCUUCCCUGCGGAGUCAUCACUACAGCCCUUCGCCUUGGCCCAUACGUCCCGUUGACCCUGAGGAAGCCUGUAUUAAGAUGGAAGUGAAGGUAAAAGCCAUGGUUCACACACCUAGCUCCAGUCCAUCCCUCAACGGCGUCAGAAAAGAAUUCCAUGAUAUACAAAUGGAGGGACUUUUUGAUGAUCGAAGCGAAUCUAUGAAGAAUUUAGAGCCUCCAAACAGUAACUUGCAUUUAAACAUGGAAGAACACGUGCCUGUAGUUAUAGGACUGACACCUCAGGACUACAUCCAGUACACAAUGCCUUUAGAUGAGGGAAUGUACCCCGAAUCGUCCCACUCGUUGUGCUUGGAUGGCACCUCACCAAUAGAGGUGAUGGAACAAGUCAAUGACCAGUCGUUGAAUGUGGAUCAAGGCCAUGUUGACCAUGAUCUUUUAACAUCGGAUAUUCUCAUGGAUCAAUCCAUGAAUGGGAUUGUACUUGGUACUCCGGGAAUAGUCCUUCAAAAUUCAGGAUCCGAGGCUCCUUCACUUUCGCCUUCACUUUCCCCUGUUUCCGGUGGUGAAAUUCCAAGAACCUAUUCCGGAUUUGGCGGUGCCGAUUCACACGUUGCCGAAAGAGUUAGGCACCAUCUCAAUUUCGACCCGAAUUUUGCUCCUGGUGUCAGCAGGGUAUACGAUUCAGUACAAAGCAGCGGACCAAUGGUUGUCACGAGCCUUACAGAAGAGCUGAAGAAACUGGCAAAGCAGGGUUGGUACUGGGGACCUAUAACGCGGUGGGAAGCCGAGGACAAACUCAUCGACCUUCCGGAUGGUUCCUUUUUGGUGCGCGAUAGCUCUGACGACCGUUAUCUUCUCAGUUUGAGCUUUCGAUCGCAAGGCAAGACUCUUCACACCAGGAUCGAACAUUCGAACGGAAGGUUCAGCUUUUACGAACAGCCCGAUGUAGAAGGUCACACGUCCAUCGUUGACCUCAUCGAGCACUCCAUUAAGGACUCGGAAAACGGCGCGUUCUGUUACUCCAGAUCGCGCCAGCCAGGAUCUGUCACGUACCCGGUUCGAUUGACCAAUCCCGUAUCUCGUUUCAUGCAAGUGCGUUCGCUGCAGUACUUGUGCCGAUUCGUAAUCCGGCAAUACACACGGAUUGACCUGAUUCAGAAACUACCUUUACCAAACAAAAUGAAAGAUUACUUGCAGGAAAAGCACUACUGAAGUGGGACACAGUAGUAAAAUUGCACUUUUGGAUCGAGUUGAUGUUAAAUGGUUUACAGACGUUUUGUGGAGUUGAAGUGAUCCGUUAGGUUUGUUUUGUAUCAAAAGCAUUAGUCUAUCUCAUCUUGGUAAAUUUGUUGUUGCUCAGAUUCAGUAUAAAGGUACACUUUCAUUUUGGAUCUAUCGGGGAACCUGACAGUAGAAUUCUAGUCAAAAAUACGUGACGAACAGUAGUUCUCUUCUGAGUCCUUGAAACGAAUACUUUUGAUUUAUGCCGCUGUUAUAACAUGUAUGGCGUUCCAUAUUUUUUUUAGUCCAUUAAAGGAAAAUUCCACCCUGAAAGUCAUUAAAUAUGCUUAUAUUUAAAUGUUUGUGAUGUGUCUAGCAACAAUUCUGGUGCAGAUUAUUUGAUUGGUGGCGUAUUCGCCUUAACGAUAGUGUAGUUGCAACCGUGUUUAAAUGCGAGGGGUAAAAACAAUCUCGACCAUAAGUGAUAACAGUCAGGAUUUGCUGUUUGUGGCAAAAAAAGAAAGUUUCUUUUCUCACUCCCCCUUUUCCAGUGACGUUUAAAGUCCAACCAGGAGGCAAGAAUCAGCUCCGUUAGUUAGCAAUAAAGGACGUGAUGAGCACGAUGACACCGACGGUGGUAAUAGCAUGAAAGUUGAAGUUUUGGAAGCGGAUCCGUUUGAGCAGAGUGUACAGAUUAAUAGGUGAGACAGCUGGACAGACUAAAGGACUACAGCGCUGCUGCAUCACUGUCUUUAAAUAGAGAGAUGCAAGUGCUAAAUCUCACCGUACCACUAUCAGCAGGUAGUCGAACAGCAUUGUGGGGGAUGUAGAAACUCUUAGCCAAAGUGAAAAUAGACCAAUGAAACAAGUUUAAACAAAGAAAAUAUUUUAAAAUCAACUGAGAAUUUAAUUCCGAAAUAAAUCUUGGACAUCACUGGAGGUCACGUUACUUAUGAUAAACGAAUAUGCACAUCGUUCGGGGUGGAUUUUUCUUUUAAGGGUCAUUGAUGCUAAUAAAGUCAAAAUAAGCUCAAGAAUCAGGAACAGCUAGACAUGACCGACCCAUGUCAGAGCAGAAUAUUAACCAGGCUUAGAAAUCUGUGCUUAAUUAUUUAAUUGGCAUUUAUAUCACGCCAUUUGCUCCAUGUCUGUUAAUACAUAUCAGUGCAAGGGCAAGAGGAUUGAUUGGUGCAUUAACAGACGCAUCAAUCCGUUCUAAUUAAAGCAGUCUUGGUGAUGCUCGGCUUUAUAUCUUGACGUAUAAGUCAAGUUUUUCGUAAAUUCUCUUCUCUAAUUUCACAUGAAAUUACCAUUUUUUUUAAAAUUGACAUUGGUACUUUCAUUUAGAUUAAUUGAGUAGAUUAAUUAAAUCGCUGUCCAAACGAUAUAACACGGAUUCAAUUAAAAUGCAGAUUUUGUAGUGAAGUGCAAUUUGGCCAAUAAGGUGCUUCCCUUUUCGAUUGUGUGAGGAUGUUCUGUUCCUUGCUCCUGCCUAAAUUUACAAAAUGGUGUCUUGUGAGCUGGUCAGAAGUGAGCACGGUGUAUUUUGCCAUCGAAAGCAUACGAUUUGGCUCUCCAGAACUGAAGUAAACUUUUCCAUUUCUCAUAUUUUUAUAUACACUUUUACAUUAUUGUCCAGUUUAUUAGUCACGCACCAAGACCCGACGGCCUACCAUCAUCUCAGUUCCCGUUGACCUUGUUCAGAACUAACAAUAAUAAAUAAUAAUGCAUCUUCCGUGGCAGCUAUGGAUAAACAUUUACAAAUGGCUGAAUUUCGUGUCCGAUUUAGUCACCUCUGAUUAUUUGCGCAGAAACGAGACUGCACCUGACGCUCAGGUUCCUUGAUUAGCAUGUUCAUACAAUUUCCCAAAUCUCUGCAACAACAAAUUAACAGUUUAUACCAUUGCAAAUGCAAAUUCGUAUUAGGCAUGCGCCGAUAAUCGGUUAUAUAGUAUAGAAAGAUAUUCACCUAACUAAUUUGUCUUACCAUGGACACAAGAUAUCAUUAAUAACCCCGUGUUCCAUUCAGGUAGAGGCUGCUGAGGCAGUCAGCAGAAAGUCUGCCUUGCUUGAAAGGCUUUAUUUUAGACAGAUUUGAAGGCAAUCCUAGUAACUGUGUUAAUGAGAUUUUAGAAAACGAUGUAAUCAUGUAAUCAUUCAGUUAUAUUAUUAUGUUAGAAAAAUGCAAUAUCGGCACAUGCCUUAACAAAUAUUUUGUCACAUAUCCAACAUGCAGGUCAAACAAACAUGCCAAGGAUCUUGUUGUGUUCAAAGGGAACAGAUGAAGAAUGCUGUUUUUUUUUUUUUGUUGUUGUUGUUGUUAUGUUUCUAUGUUUGAUAUUUGUGCUUCCUACAGUAUUUCAUCAAAUUGUUUUAUCACUAUCAAUGUUGUGUUUUUAACAUCUUGGUUUUCCCCCAAACAUAUCGACUUAAUAUAAAGAGCAGUUGCUAAAUAGUAAUUGAUGGAUUAAUUACCGUCAGUGGGAGAAACGGUUGUGAAACCCGGGUGAGUGACGUCAUUCACUAGCACAGCUUUAUAAAGAUGUGUCACUUCAUUUGCGAAUAAAGUUCAUCAACACAAAGAUAUUAAUGCAUAUAAGGCGAAUCUGAGCCAUUUACAAUGAUUUAGAUCAGUGUUUCCCGGUCUUGCUCAGCAGAUUUCAGUGAUUUGAAAGCUGAUGAAUUUAAACAGUGGGUUGAUGUAGGAAACACACCAAAAUGUGUAGUGUAAAGUUUACGUGAAAAGUGGUAUUGAAAAACUGCGGAAUGCAACUUUCAGUGCGAGUAGUAUGAAUGUAAGUUGCUACUACAUUUUUACGUUUAAGAAGUACUAAAAAGUUUUAGCGUUUGUACCAAGCGACAAAGUUUAAACAGACUAAACAGACACCCUGUGGAGGACAAUAUAGCAAAAAUAUAUUUCACAAUAUUUAAAAAAAAAAAAUAAUUCAGUUGUAAAGGCAUUUUAACGAGGGGGCGCAGUGGCUUAGUGGUUAGCAAGUUUGUCUCGCACCUCUGGGGUUGGGGGUGUCUCUGCCUUGUGUGCGCCUUAUGUACCCCUCUUGCUUCAGGGGUCUCCUCCGGGUACUCCGGUUUCCUCCCCCAGUCCAAAAACUUGUGUUGUAGGCUGAUUGGCAUUUCCAAAUUGUCUGCAGUGUGUGAAUGGGUGUGUGAUUGUGCCCUGCGAUGGGUUGGCACUCCAUCCAGGGUGUCCCCCACCUCGUGGCCCAAGUCCCUUGGGAUAGGCUCCAGGCUCCCAACGACCCUGUGUAGGACAAGCAGCACAAACAUGGAUGGAUGGUAUUUUAAAUGUGACCUAAGAAUGACUGAAACCCUUUCUUGUCUUAAAUUUAAGUCAAACCAAUUUUGUCUCCACACUUUUAUUUUGAACAAUGUAAGCGGCAAUAAAACAAACAAAGAAACAAACAGAAUUUAUGUAAAUGUAAAUGAAUUUCCAAAAAAACCAACAAUCGAGUUGCUACGUCACAAACCAGUCCGACUAUAUCGCAAAGAUAGCUAAUGGUUUUAAUAGCCUCUUAAAAGAUGUGACAAAGACAACAAACACAUCAAAUGUGCUACAAUUAAAUUUAAAUUUGUGGACAACCAAUUUAUCACGUGCUUGAACAAAGUCAUCUGGUAGUAAUGAAUAACUCAUGAUGACCUGUGUUAUUAUUGAUUGGGGGGGGGAAUCAAUGAUGAGGUGUGAUGCUGUUACUACUCUGAAGUGUUUUAUUCCUCUUAUACCACAGUAAUUACAAUUUUAUUAAAGAAUGUCAUUUCAUACUUUU